ACAUUGAUGAAUGCUCAGAUGGCUUUGUUCAGUGCGACAGCCGUGCUAACUGCAUUAACCUGCCUGGUUGGUACCACUGCGAAUGCAGAGACGGCUACCAUGACAAUGGGAUGUUUUCACCACGUGGAGAAUCCUGUGAAGACAUUGAUGAAUGUGGAACUGGAAGGCAUAGCUGUGCCAAUGACACUGUUUGCUUUAAUUUGGAUGGUGGGUACGACUGUCGAUGUCCCCAUGGCAAGAACUGCACAGGAGACUGUAUCCAUGAAGACAAAAUCAAGCACAAUGGUCAGAUUUGGGUGCUGGAGAAUGACAGAUGCUCUGUCUGCUCGUGCCAGAGUGGAUAUGUGAUGUGCCGGCGAAUGGUCUGUGACUGUGAAAAUCCCACCGUUGACCUAUUUUGCUGUCCUGAAUGUGACCCAAGGCUCAGCAGUCAGUGUUUACAUCAGAGCGGGGAGCUUUCCUACAACAGCGGUGACUCCUGGAUACAGAACUGUCAGCAGUGUCGCUGUUUGCAAGGCGAAGUUGACUGCUGGCCCUUGCCGUGCCCGGAGGUGGAUUGUGAAUUCAGCGUCCUCCCCGAGAAUGAGUGCUGCCCGCGCUGUGUCACUGACCCCUGCCAAGCGGACACCAUUCGCAAUGAUAUCACUAAAACCUGCCUGGAUGAAACCAACGUCAUUCGCUUCACUGGAUCUUCUUGGAUUAAGCACGGCACAGAGUGCACCCUCUGCCAGUGCAAGAAUGGCCACAUCUGUUGCUCAGUGGACCCACAGUGCCUUCAGGAACUGUGACACCAACAACCGUCUCUCACAAGCAGUUUCUGGUUAAAGAAUUUUCCUUCACAAAAAAGACCUUUAGACCAAAAAUUGUAUAAAAUUAAAACUAAAAUUAGAUUGGUUUUAUCCAUCUAAAGUGCAGGUAUGUGAUGAACUCAGCUACCUGAAUCAGAGUGAAAUUUAUGGGACUCAAGACAAGCUCAGAUAUGUAAACCUUUGUAUGAGGCUAGGCUCAAAUCUUCUGGCUAUUUGUCUGACAUCAUUAUGCAGAAUAUUUAGGUUAGUGUAAAGUGACACAUUGUAAUGCUGUACAUAACGAUGUCAAGAUCCAAAAUCAACUAGGAGCUCUUACAGGGUCUUCCGAAGCUUUGAGAGUCCAACACUUGACCAGAUGCAGAGAUUUUUACCUAAUUAUAUUUGGAUCUGCACAAAUGUGUUUGAUUGCUCACUGCAGAAUUUAGCAGAUGUUUAAGUAAAAGGAUGAAGCCUUCAGGAAUAAAGAACCUAGCAGCUAAGAUGUGAUAUGUACAGUAUGUGCUCUGAAAAAAAAAAAAAGAUAGAAGUUAUUGUAAAAACGAAAAAAAAGAAAAAACCCAAAAAACCCCAAAAAAGAAAAACCGUGAUGCACAGGCAUGGCUUCUUAAUGUUUUCUGAUGGGAAAAGUCAUCAAUAUUUCCUUGUUUUACUGCACUUACUAUUAUUUCUUGAUUGAAUUUGUUCAGUAUAAGCUCGUUAUUGUGCAAAUUUAAAUAAAUAUUUCUCUUACCUUAA